AUGAACGCUCCCACAGGGUCGCAGUACCAGCACUAUGUGCCACAGUUCAUACUGCGCAAGUUCUCUGACUUUGUGAGACCAGGACGUGAUACAUACCAGAACAGGAAAGACUUCGACCGUGCCGAGAAGAAAGCGAAGAAGAAAGCGCGCGUGAAUGUCUUCAGCUGCUCUCCGGACUUUUCGACCUGGCAACUCGAGCAGCAUUCAUGUGCGAAAGUAUUCGGCAUCUACGAUAUGUACGAAGCGGCAGGUUCAGGCUCAGCUUCCACACCCGAGCCUGACGGAAGCCAAGCAGUCGGCGAGAUUGAGAAACUGCUCUCUGGUCUGGAACUGGCUGCGUCGAAGAUCAUCGAGAAGAUUGAGCACGCAUUCUCCCAAGGUACCGGCUCCUUCACCAUCACCCGCCCUGACAAAGACCUCUUGCGACGGUUCAUAUUCAUCAUGACUUAUCGAAGCCGGAAGUUUCAUCAACGAUUUUCGCAUCAGCAGCCUGAAUACACCUCGAACGAUCGAGAACAGUUGCUGGAAUACAUGCGAUCGAAAGGGUUCAGCUCGCCGCGAGAGGUCUGGCUGGAAGCCAUCCGAGCGUUCAUCGAGGUAGACCUCACUCAAGGCGUCCUGGAAGGGGUCGACUGGCUCAUGGGACGAGCGUACCCACCUGACGUCCAGUGGUUAAGGAAGAAUAUGAUAACAACGUAUCUUUGCUUUUGCACGCCGGAGGACGCCGACGACGAGUUUCUGCUGCCACAGAACGCGUAUGGGGUCUAUGAAGGGCCAACUUACCACGAGAACUGGCUCGAUUGGCACACCUUCUUCCCGAUUCAUCAUCGUGUGAUGAUUGUUCUGAGAAACCGAUUCCUUGGACCGUUUCCGCCGUCGUCGGUCGGAGGCAGCGAGGCUCGCGACGUUGCCGGGCGGGAGAUCGCAAUGACGGUACUGACGGCCCGUUUCCCAAAUAAAACCAAGGCGCGUUCCUGGCUUGAACAUAUGCCUGUGACUCGACCCAGCCCGCACUAUCGAAGUGUGCCAACGCAAGAUGGAGAAGUGCCAACGAUAUUGGUGUCUGGAGGCGUUUCAGACGCCAUCGUCACAUCGCACUUGGUGUUCGCUGAACAAGAGAGCACCUACUCGUUCCAGCUUCACCGUCUACCACAUCUUUUCACGCAACGGAUCAACGCCAUAUAUUUGGAAGAGGCUAUCGCCACCGACACCGUCAUCUAUAAGAGUGCAAACGGGCUUCGUCGUGCUCUCGAAUGGUAUCUCGAGGAGACCCCUCACCUGAAGGAUACCGUUACCACGACGCCGGAGCAGUACGAGCAUUUGCUCCACGGCCUUGAUGCCGAAAUGGUUGAAAGGCUCCGGGAAGGGAUCCGGGAAGAGCUCGAGAAACUGCCUGAAUACCGCCGGAAGCCAUAUCUGCAGAUGCUGGAAGCGAUCGCCAGGGACUUGGGCAGCUCUUGUACUGCCAGGUAUAACAUCCUGCCUGCCACAAGCGGACCUUUCAUGGAGCUGUUCGCACGGCCAACAGCAUCCGCCUGA